ACAAAAAAAAAAAAAUUGCAGAACAUGGCUUCCACGAAGGUUAUCGCCACCUUGUUCAUGGCUGCCCUCCUCCUUAGCUCCUGCGGAGCUACCUCCCGGCCCGGCCCGGCAGAAGCUCCUGAUGUCGUCGUUGUUCCGGCCGAAGUGACCACAUCUGAGGAGAGUUACGAGGGACAUACGUUCGAUCCCAUGAUCGACCGGCUCGAUCCUGCUUCCUUUGCUGCCAGCACCUCCCACAAGCUGGUGGACGGACAUGAUACGGUGGAGCAAGAUCUGUGCGAAGGGCUGGGGGAAAAUGAUUGCUUGACGAGAAGAACUCUAGAAGCUCAUCUCGAUUACAUCUACACCCAGGAACAUAAUAAUUAAUGAGCCAUGCAUGAACGUCGUUUUCUUUUCUGCCUCCCAGAAACAUAAUAAGAUUGCUCAGAAGUUGAUCUUCUUCGUAUAUUAU